AUGACCGGCACUUCGAGCCAUUCCACCCGUACAAGCCCAGGGUCCUAUAGCACCACGCAGCGCACACCCUCCGUUUCAUCGGGCGCGUCGCCUACGCACCAGUCGCUUUCAUCUUUGCAGCCGCCCGCGACGGCACAGAAUGCGAUGUCGACUGACGUGUACCAUGCACCCGCAUCGCAGACUGCAGCUUCCCUAGGCACUGAUUUCGGCUAUCACCUGUCAUCGCCGCUCAGCCCCUCUUCGUCCUUUGAUAAUAUAUCCUCAAAUACCUCGUCGUUCGAAACCGUGCCGUCAGUCGCCAUGCGCUUGGGCGAUUCCGAUCGAUCGGCGCAGGGUCUCAACGGCUUCAUCCGCCAGGCCGACGCGGUGGGUGGUGGCGCAAUAUUCAUGCGAAAGCUUCCUAAAAACAUGAGUCGCGAGGCUUUGCGCAGCAUGUUCCUAUUCUCGAACGAACUGUUGGAUGCCGACUUUGUACAGUGUGACCUUCCUGAGGAUACUGGAUUCUUGGCUGCGAUCGCACGGUUUAGCUCCAUGGCUGCGGCCGAGGAAGCGCGGGCGUUACUUGAUGGCAAGCCGAACUCCAAGAACGACGCUACCAUGAUUGUCGAAAUCUACAAUACCGGGUCCUCCGUACCCCCGUUUCUUCCCAGGCGCAAUACGAUCGACCAUUCGGCAACACGCGGGCUACUGAACAACGGACCGGCGACGCGCCAGUCGCGGUUUAAUGGUACCUUUCAAACCAUGGAGAAGUUGUCGGCGGCGAACCCUGCUGGGCCGUCCGCAAACGAGAAUCUACCCUCAGCCGAGACGAACUCGCGUCUACACAAUUUCUUCUCUCCCCAGUCACCGAUUGGAAGUGGUGGUGUCCCCGAUUUCCCGCGCAUAAGUGGCAAGUCAAUGAUAGACCAGGAUAUCGAUGAGGACACAGGAGAGCUCCUCAAGGAUCCCGUUGGUUACGCUGAGAAUGGCCACUCUGGGUCUGUCUCUGCGGCUCCCCGCCGUUCAACCAACCCACAGAUUCCUACGAGCCAUUUUGGCAACUUAUCUUUGACGACAAAUAUCUCCCCGCCAGUGCAGAAUUACGCACCCGUUCAGACACCAUCAUCGGCGUUUCCUCAAUCUAUGGGUAACAAUACGGGUGGUCCCACAUAUCCUUUUCCUAACGCCCACACGGCUCGACACAGCUUCCCAGCAGCCAACCCGAACGAUCAGAAUCCUCCAUGCAAUACCCUCUAUGUUGGCAAUCUGCCCCCCGACACCCAGGAAGAAGAACUCAAGGCCCUGUUUUCGAAGCAGCGUGGCUACAAGCGCCUGUGCUUCCGAAACAAGCAAAAUGGGCCUAUGUGUUUUGUGGAAUUCGAAGACGUGCGUACGGCAGGGAAAGCCCUCAACGAGCUGUAUGGAUAUAAACUCUCCAAUAGCAUAAAGACCGGCAUUCGUUUGAGCUUCUCUAAGAAUCCACUUGGAGUUCGCUCCGGUCAGCCGGGCUCAUUGAGUGCUUCAAAUUCCCUCGCAUCGCAGGCUGCUAUCCAAGGCGCUGGUGCUGGCAUCAACGCAAUGUCGAACCACAUGUUCUCAGCUGUUAGCGGACCACCACCUGGCCUUUCUGCACCCCCCGGUUUGAUGCCAAUGCCCCCAAGAAACAAUGGUGUCAUGCAUCCUUCGGCAUAUCCGCACCCACCCAUGCCUAUGAAUGGCUCUUUCAAUCCCAAUGCGGGUUUGGGAAUUCGCCCGAAUCCCAUGAACCCAGUCAUGAUGCCGCCACCCCAAUCUUUGCUCAACGGUGGAGCCAACGGCAACGGACCGCGCUCCGGCAAUUCCACCCCAAACUAUCCUGAGUACAUGAUGGGCCGGUAG